UGCGUCACAUGUUGACUAGUUUGCUAGUUGAUGCUACCGAAAGCUCGACAAAAUAAUUGAAAAUCAAAGGCAAAAACGAGCAAUUACUAAGAUAAUUGUGCUGUUAUUGUCGGCACACUGUACUUUGCUUUGAAAUGCCUUAAUAUAUUCGUGGAUUGUUGGAUAAAACACACACGUUAAUGUUUUAUUUAUCCUGACAAGCUAAUGUAGCUAGCCUGUUUGCUAGCCAGGAAGAGUUGACAUCUCACUGUUGGCUUCAGGUUAGCUAACACAGUCAACACAGGAGCUAAAAUAAAGAGAGCUCCAGAUGCGGCUAAAGGACCCCUUCUCUUUGAAAGCCGCCGAUAUGACUAAGCGGACUAAUAAACCGAGAAAACCUCGAGAUGAGGACUCCUCAGACGAAGUCAGCGGGUUGACUUGCCAGCAUGUGAGUAAAGCGGUGGACCUGAGCUCGGUGAAGAAAUCGGUGGUCUCCAGCAUGUGGUUGGUGUGCUCCGAGUGCUUAAAGGAGAGGACCAUGAUCGAUGGAGAGCCCGCAGCAUCCCACGACAUCCUGGUGUGCUUAAAGUGUGGCUUCCAGGUCUGUAACCAGUCAGGGAUCCAGCAUGCUGUCAGGCACCACCAAGCUUUCCAUCCAGAGUCUCACUGCAUCACCAUCAGCUUGAGCACGUGGAAGGCCUGGUGUUUUGAAUGUAACGAGGAGCUCUCCACACACUGCAACAAGAAGGCUUUGGCUCAGGCCCUGGACUUUUUACAAAAGCACUCUGUCAAGGCAACAUCAGGAGCGUCACCCAAGAUCAUCAAGCUCCAAGAGGAACCAUCAGAAUAUACUGACUCGCCUAAAGGCAAGAGUCCAGCCGCCAACAGCACCUUGGUCCCCGUCAAAGGCAUAAAUAACCUCGGUAACACCUGCUUCUUCAACGCUGUCAUGCAGAACCUGUCUCAGACGCACAUGCUCAUCGACCUCAUCCAGGAAGUGAAGGACAAAGGCUACAAACUGAGGAUUGGCCCCACGGUCGACACCAACGUGAGUCCGCUGACAGUAACGCUGCCCAGUCCAGAGCCGCUGACUUCGGCCAUGUUUCUCUUCCUCCAGAACAUGAAGGAACCUGGGAAAGGCCCGAUCAAUCCCAAGAUCCUCUUCAACCAGCUCUGCCAGAAAGCGCCGCGCUUCAAGGGCUACCAACAACAAGACAGCCAGGAGCUUCUGCACUACCUACUGGACUCCAUACGAGUAGAGGAAACUAAAAGGGUGAAAGCAGGAAUUCUGAAGGCUUACAACAAUCCCACAGAAAAGACAGCAGAUGAGGAGACCAAACGCCAAGUCAAAGCAUACGGAAAGGAAGGUGUGAAGAUGAACUUCGUUGACCGCAUUUUUGUGGGCGAGCUGACCAACACAAUAAUGUGUGAAGAGUGCGAGCAUAUCUCCACAGUGAAGGAGGCUUUCAUAGACAUCUCUUUACCCAUCAUAGAGGAGAGGAUAUCAAAACCCUCCAACCCUGGUAGGCUGGGGAAGGGCAGCCGGGAGCAGGACACCCACAUGGCUCAUAACAACGACCAGGUCCUUGCCGCAGCGCACUCUGUCAACAGAAACACGAGGAAGCUGAGUGGACAGAAGCAGCAGAGCCGGAGGUCUUCGAGCUCUCUGGAGGAGAAGGGAGCAGGCUGCAGUGCGGAGCGGCCAGAGGAGGACGGGGUGGCCGCCGGAUCAGCCCGCGGUGUGUCCGUCUGCAAGAUGGCCGCUGCCGGCAGCCUCUCGGACGGCAGCGAAAGAGACUCGGCUGCUCAGGACAGCAGUAAUGACGCCGACAGCGAGGCCUCGGAGAGCGAGUGGGCCCCACGCACCUUCUCCUCCAGCCACAGCCACGGGCACAUGUCCACCCCGUCCUCCACCUCCACCCUCACUCCGUCCCCCACGGCCGUCUCCGCCACCUCCCCGUCCUCCACCACGAGACAAGGCGGUGCCGUGGAGCAGCUCGUUACCGCAGUGUCCAAAGUCAACAUCGGGUUCACUUCGGGGGAGUGCUCUCCUUCGACGCACUGCUCUCCAGAGGAGGCGGGAGACACGCAGUGCCGGGACAACCUCCACCAUCAACACCACCAGGGGGCCUUCCAGGCGCUGUCCCACAGUUACACACCCAGCUCCAAGGAGUGCUCCAUCCAGUCCUGCCUGCACCAGUUCACCUCUGUGGAACUGCUGAUGGGCAACAACAAGCUGCUGUGUGAGAGCUGCACUGAGCGCAAACAGAAACAGCUGCGCAAGAGCAGCUCAGCCGACAAGAAGCUGGAGAAGAUUUACACCAGUGCUAGGAAGCAAAUUCUGAUCUCCUCGCUGCCUCCCGUCAUCACAUUGCAUCUGAAACGCUUCCAUCAGGCAGGGAUGAACUUACGAAAAGUGAACCGCCAUGUUGACUUUCCCCUGAUCCUGGAUCUGGCUCCAUUCUGCUCGGCAUCCUGCAAGAACCUGGCAGCUGGUGAGCGUGUCCUCUACAGCCUGUAUGGGAUUGUUGAACAUAGUGGCUCAAUGCGGGGGGGCCACUACACUGCGUAUGUAAAAGUGCGCUCUCCCCAGAGGAAAACGGAACAGCACCACAGGAACCAGUCAGGUGCGAGGGAAGCCGGGAGCAGCUUCCAGGGCCAGUGGGUGUACAUCAGUGAUACCACCGUUCAGACAGUACCAGAGUCAAGGGUACUCAACUCUCAGGCAUACCUGCUCUUCUACGAGGAACUGCUGUAAUGUGACUAGCAAAAGCAUUUUUUUCCCUAAAUGUCUGUUUUGCUUUGUAUUGUUUUUUUGGGUUUUUUUUUGGUACAUGCCUGUACUACUUCUCAUACCUUAUCUGUGAGUGGGUGGAGGAGAGAAAAGGGAAAGACUUCACUGUACACUCAUUUGUCUUACGUGAGAGGAAUGACCGUUUUGCAUACAAAUUAUUUGAGUUUCCUGUUUUAAAAAUCCUUCCCUUUAAUGAAGGAUGUCGGGAGAAAAGAGUGUUACUGAACAUGAGCUGUUCUAAGUUUAUCGUCCGUCACGAUCAGGUGCCCGAGAUAUUAACUGAAUGAAGGAGUUUUCUACAGUAACUAGCAGGAAAUCAGCAGGAUUAUUGCAUGCUAAACUGCGCUCAGCACUGACUAGUUGAUGUCAAGUGUGUGUGUGUGUGUGUGUGUGUGUGUGUGUGUGUGUGUGUGUGUGCGCAUAUACACACACACACACGUAUGAGUGAAUGAGUGAGUGAGAGACAGGAGAAUGUAGAUUCAAGGUGCUAUGUGUAUCAUUUUCACUUUGCUUCUCUCGCUGCAUUCUAAGCAGUUUCCUUUUUGCGGCUCAUAUUUGUUCAGAUGUGUGCUCGAUUGUUUCUGGCGAUGGCAGAUGAUAGAUGGUAAGAAAUGGCAGGAGAAAAAAAUGAAUUCAGACAGGUUUGUCCUUUUCAGUGAAGAGAAUGGAGCGUGAGGACAUUUAGCCGCAUUAUCCGUGACGGAGUUUACGUGACAUACUGGCGUGCAUUUGGGAAACACGACUAAUAAUACAGCACCAUGGGCGUUAAAGGAGCAGUGUGUAGGAUUUAGGGGCAUCUGUUGGCAGAAACGGAACAUUAUAUUCAUAACUAUCGUUUCAUUAGUCUGUAAUAAGUAAUACAUCAAGUGAGAAGUAGUCGUUUUAUCAUAGACUUCUUUUUGCAACCAGAGGAGUGGCCCCCUGCUGG